AUAACCAGGCCGGUGGGCGAUUGAAUAGUCUCACAACUGCUCCGACCCCCAGUGCUGCUCUCUGCUCUCGGGCCUCAGCCGACCAAAACCCAACAUGUCUGACACAGAGGAAGUUGAUCAGGUGGAGGAAGAAUACGAAGAAGAGGAGGCACCAGAAGUAGAAGAAACCCAUGAGGAAGAAGAAGAGCCUGAACAAGUUGAGGAGGAGACAAUAGAAGAGGAGCAAGGAUAUGAGGGGGCCGAGGAGGAAGAACACGGUGAAGAAUACGAUGAAGAGAAGCCAAAACCCAAACUCACAGCACCUAAAAUCCCAGAUGGAGAGAAAGUAGACUUUGAUGAUAUCCAGAAGAAAAGACAGAACAAGGACUUGAUUGAGCUGCAGUCAUUGAUUGAUCAGCACUUUGAGGCUCGUAAGAAGGAAGAAGAAGAGAUUAUUGGAUUAAAGGAUAGAAUUGAGAAACGUAGAACUGAGAGAGCGGAUCAGCAGAGGAUCAGAGCAGAGAAGGAGAAGGAACGCCAGAACAGACUUGCUGAGGAGAAGGCAAGAAGAGAGGAACAGGAUGCCAUGAGACGUGCUGAGGAUGACAUGAAGAAGAAGAAGGCUCUGUCUUCCAUGGGAGCCACAUACAGCAGCUACCUGGCCAAGGCUGACCAGAAGAGAGGUAAGAAGCAAACAGCCCGUGAGCAGAAAAAGAAGAUUCUGGCAGAUCGUCGCAAGGCCCUGAAUGUUGACCACAUGAGUGAUGACAAGCUCAGGGACAAGGCCAAGGAGCUGUGGGACUGGCUGUACCAGCUCGAGUCCGAGAAGUUUGAGUAUGGAGAGAAGCUCAAGAAACAGAAAUACGAGAUUACAACCCUGCACAGGAGAGUAGAGGAACUCUCUAAGUUCAGCAAGAAAGCAGCUGGAGGCAAAGGAAAAGUUGGGGGCCGCUGGAAGUAAACUCCCAAAAAAAGACCCCGGCCGUGUCAGAGAGCAGCCCUCCUUCACCCACCUUUUACCAUCCCCGAACCUGCAGGAAGCUG